AUGCAGCCUGCACGUCAUGAGGAAAAAACAUCGUUGAUUUUUGUGCAAAAAAUUUGGAGAGCUGAAGAUAUCGAUGUGAUCAAGUCAACUAUUGAUGAGCUGAACUGUGCACGAACUAAAGUCUGGCAGGAUGAGAUCGAACAGCUGCAUUUCACCGAUGUACCCAGCUCGUCACUGACCACUAAAGCACCGGCACUGCAUUGGUCGAACUUUCCACGAGAUGAUGAACUUCAAGUAACGUUCAAAUUCGUAUUUCCGUACUGGUGUCUGCUGGACGCAGAACUGGAAGCACUCAUACAGGACGCUUUGGGCGUUAGGAAGUGGCCAUAUAGUUACGGUUGGAAAUGCGGUGUAUUACUGAAGCACGAUGCGGUUUGUUAUCAGCUUAUUCACAGAAGUCGAGGACCGCAAGAGGCUGAAACUGAGUUUUUAGUUGUGCGCAUUGGUAUCGCGCAGCAUGGAGCAAAUAUUGUCGAAGUAUCUGGGCGUAUUGAUGGUGCUGAUUUAGAGGAUGACUCCCACAUUGAGAAUGCAAUGAGCAUUGUUUGGCCUUACCUUUCGGUUGUUCUCAACAACGUCAUAACGUAUUUCAGUAAAAUUUCAUUACCUUUCCAAUUGUAUAUAUUGCCGAUUGGAGAUUUGUUCUACGAUAAUGCAGAAAUAAAGGCGCGUUCAUUUGAUUUAACCCAAUUCCUUAUAUCCGUUAACACUCGGAAACAAGUCGAAUUUCAAACGAAUGGGCAAUUAUGCGAAGUGAAAUUGCAUCCUCUACUUACUGGUAUUCAAUCAAAGACAUUGGCUGAUUUGAAAAGUAUGCAGCCAAAAGACAAACCAAAAGUCGGAGAUAUUCAUUUUGGUACCCCUCAACAAAGCUCAACAAAUCUGCUAUCAACAGACCGAAUCACAGCUCAACAUCGUGGACGACGUGUGUCAUUCGGUUCGAUAAGAUGUAUUCCUCAAAAACAGUCAGUGGACAAGAACGACGCGACAUCAAGCACCAGCGAAAAACAUUUUGAGAGCAGUGUGAACGAGUUCGUGGAUCGAUUCCUGGACGAAGCAAUGAAACAAGCCCUCAUAACAUGA